AGGCCACGCCCACAACAUGACACCAAGGAAAGACGCUCUCCCAUUGGUCCUUCCCGACACACCUGCGCACUCAGGGACCAAUCAGCGGGAAGGGAACAACCAAUCAGCUGUCUCCAUCCACCCCCAUCCCCCCAUCCCCCUCCCGGCGCCCGCUCCAUCGACCCCCCCGAAGAGACACAGAGAAAGAGAAAGAGAGAGAGGGAGAGGGAAAGGGCUCGCAGACUCGCCACCAAGAAAGAGAGAAAAAAAAAAUAGAAAAGAGAAAACAAAGAAAGUAAAGCAAGCAACAACAGAGAAAACAAGUGAACGCUAACACACACACACACACACACACACACACACACACACACACACACGCACACACACACACAAACACACCAUACAAUUAAACACACUCACUCACCCCCCAAACCAAACACACACAAACACACCUACAUAAAAAAAACAAUGCAGAACACGUGAUAAACACACACACAAACACACAAACAAACACACAGGUAACAUGGAUCGUCGUGCUGAACAGGUGUAGAAGUGUGACGGGUGAGGUGAGGUGAGCUAAUUGCGAAGAAGAGGAAGAAGAGGAAAAGAAGAGGAAAAAGAGGAAAGAGAAGGAGGAGCCAUGCCGGGUCUAGAUGCUCUCAUAGCGUUGAAGGACAGAGCGAAGGCAGUGAGGGAGAGAUUCGUCGUCAGCCGCGCUUCUGAAAUCCCUCAUGACAGCGGCGUGCAGUAUGAGGAGUUUGAGCUCGGUGCGGCCAAGACGGGGGCGGGGCAGCAAUGGGAGGAAGGCGGAUUCGAGGACCUGGAGAAGCCGCCGCUACGCAAGAUCGAUCAGUACCUGCCGCCGGACUGCCCGUGUUGCAACAUGACCAAGCGCUUCACCAUGGCUAUCCUCGCGAGCAUAGGUUUCCUCAUCUCCUUCGGGAUCCGGUGCAACAUGGGCGUGGCCGUGGUAGAGAUGACCGCCAACAACACCUUGACGGGGAAGAGGGAGAUCGACUGGAGUGACGAUAUCGUGGGGGUUGUGGAUUCCUCCUUCUUCUGGGGCUACUUGGUGACGCAGGUGCCCGGCGGACUGAUUGCCUCACGCUUCCCCGCGCACAGGGUGUUCGGGACGGCCAUCACCACCUCGUCGCUCCUCAACAUGCUCUUCCCCGGGGCCUCGCGUCUUCACCCUGCGGCUGCCAUGGCUGUCAGGAUACUGCAGGGCCUGGUGGAGGGCGUCACGUACCCAGCCUGUCACGGGAUCUGGCGCAACUGGGCCCCGCCGCUCGAGCGCUCCCGCCUCGCCACCAUGGCCUUCUGCGGGUCCUACGCGGGCGCCGUGCUGGGUAUGCCCCUCUCCGCCUGGCUCACGGAGGGUAUCGGCUGGCCUGCCCCCUUCUACUUCUACGGUGUUGCCGGAGUUGUCUGGGGCCUCUUCUGGUAUUGGCUCGCCUUCGAAAAACCCUCUAAGCAUCCAACCAUCACGGGAAGGGAGAGAGUCUAUAUCGAGGACAGUUUGGGGAAGAUGCCUAUCCACCAGCCUACCUUCGCCAACACUCCCUGGCGGGCGUUUGCUACAUCCAUGCCUGUCUGGGCCAUCAUCGUUGCCAAUGUAGCCCGUUCCUGGACCUUCUACCUGCUUAUAAUAUCGCAGCCCACCUACUUCAAAGAGGUCUUCCACUACCGCGUCGCUGAGGGCGGCACCAUCUCAGCUCUCCCUCACCUGGUCAUGACGAUUGUGGUACCUUUUGGGGGCCAGUUGGCGGACUACUUGAGGAGGAACAAGAUUCUUUCCACCACCAACGUCAGGAAGAUCUUCAACUGCGGUGGCUUCGGUCUGGAGGCGCUGUUCCUGCUGGUGGUCGCCUUCACGAGGAACACGACCAUAGCCAUCAGUUCCCUUACCCUGGCUGUAGGCUUCUCCGGGUUUGCUAUAUCAGGUUUCAACGUCAACCACCUGGAUAUUGCUCCUCGGUACGCCAGCAUCCUCAUGGGUAUCAGCAACGGGUUCGGGACGCUGAGUGGCAUGAUCUGUCCCAUCGUGGUAGAGGAGUUCACCAAGCACGAGACGGCGGCGGAGUGGCAGGUGGUCUUCCUCAUCGCCUCCAUCAUCCACUUCCUCGGCAUCACCUUCUACGGGAUCUUUGCCUCAGGGGAGCUGCAGCCCUGGGCCGAGCCGAUCGAGGAGGAGGAUGCCCCCGCGGUGGAAGGCCUGCCCAAGGAGACAACGCCAGCGGUGGGGAUGGGUGGGACCGGAGUCGGGGGGGUGGGGGUGGGGGUGGCGCCCGGUGGGGGGUUCACGCAGGAGGCGGUGCAGCCCUCCUCCCAGUACACCCCCUCCCAAUUCUAA